AUGUCUGCACCAUCUACCGACCAGUCUCGUAAAUACUCCACCUCUUCUACAUUCAACAUCACCGUCCUCAUAUCCGGGAGCGGCUCUAAUCUGCAAGCUCUUAUUGACGCCUGCAAUCCGACCGGCGCGCUUCCUCACGCGCGCAUCACCCAUGUAAUCUCCAACCGCAAAGAUGCCUAUGGCCUCACUCGCGCUUCCAACGCACACAUUCCCACCACCUACCACAACCUGCUGGCCUAUAAGAAGAAAGAAGCGCAAAACGAGGCUGGUGUCAAAUCCGCCCGCGAGCAAUACGAUGCCGACCUCGCACAAAUCAUCCUUACGCGCAUCCCGUCUCCCGAUUUGGUCGUGUGCGCGGGCUGGAUGCAUAUCUUGAGCGGACCCUUCAUCAAGGCGCUCCAAACCGCCUCGGUGCCGAUUAUCAACCUGCAUCCCGCACUUCCUGGCCAGUUUAACGGCGCGAACGCGAUCCAGAGGGCACAUGAGGCGUUCCAGAGAGGAGAGAUUGCGAGCACGGGCGUCAUGAUUCACCAUGUUAUUGGGGAGGUCGACAUGGGGCGCCCCAUUGUCACCAAGGAGGUGGAGUGCAGGCCUGGCGAAGAGCUGAGUGCCUUGGAAGAGCGGAUACAUCAAGUUGAGUGGAAGGCCAUCGUUGAGGGUGUAGUGGCCGAGUUGAAGGAGCUAGAGGACGAGCGGAGGAGAAGUUCGUGA